UUUGCGCUAACGAACGCCGUGGAAAGAGCAAAGAAAGCGAAAAACAGACGCCGCUCCUCGCACCAAAACCUGCAGCAAUUCAAUCGUUCAGCAAGUGCAAUUAACUAUAGGCUAUAAAUAUGUCGGGUGCUGCGAGUCACACACAAUUGAAUAAGAUGCGUGCCAGCGCCGAGGCGGUGGCGUCUCUGGCCGGCACCAACAAUGCAGCACAAAUGCAACAAGUGGCGUGCAGCAACAACAACAACAGCAGCGGCGGCGGCAGAAAUCUAUCAGCCAUUAUGGAACAACUGCAAGUGGAUUAUGGCAAAUACAAAUACACAGUCUAUCGCUGUGCCAGCAAAUUCGUGGCCCUGCAAAAGAUCUUUCACACCAGCAAAAUACCCUACAAGCUGGUGCUGGCCAUACUGGAGCGGCACGGCAUGCCGGCGAGCAGUGGCGGCAAUCUGAACCUGAUGGUGCCGCCCUUCCAGCUGACUUCGCUGCUGCACGACAUUUACUUUGCCUGCGAGAAGCUCGGACACUUCACCAAGACCAGCAGCUACACGCUGGAGACGGCCACAGCGCUGCUGGCGAACUUCUUCUGGAACAUUUACGAUCCUCAGCGACGACACUCGAUCUCGCUGCUGGAGAUCAGAAUCACCUUUCUGCUGCUGUGCAAGCUGUACAGCAGCGAGCACAUGGUGGGGGACUUCUUUGGCCUGCUGGUGGAGUGCAGAUCCCAGAGCGUGUCGCGCUUUGCCUUCGAGCAGCUGCUCAGCACGCUCAGCAAAAUGCUCAGCUAUCUGGGCGAGGCCAAGGCCUACGGGGCGCACAAUCUGCCGCUGAUGAUGGAGCAGUGCUUUGCACGGUGUCCGCACAAUGCCAGCGGGUUGGGCGAGCAGCAGUUCCACAGCCUGUGGACCACCACACAGACGCGCUUCCUCAUCUACGGCAAUCUUUUGGCGCUGAUCAAGCGCAUCGAGGACACGGAGCAUCUGAUACACAGCAAUCCCUGCGCCGGCUGCCGGCUGGAGCAUGUCAUUGGCAUUCGUUUCAAGUGCCAGGUGUGCCGCGAUCUGUCGCUUUGCUUGCCCUGCUUUGCGGCAGGCUUUGUGGGUGGCCGCCACGAGGCGUCGCAUCGCAUGUGCGAGGUGUUUGUGGAGGAUCAGCCGCCGCAGCGUUGGACUCGCUAUUUGGCACGUCUCUGCGGCUGGAUUGCCCACCCACAGAAGACGCAACGCGACGGAGCGGAGGAGGAGGAGCGACGCGGCUUCUGCAAUGCCCAGGAGAGUGGCAACGGUGGGAGCCUGGGGCAGCCAUCCACGGCACCCGAACUGGCGCCCAUACCCGCUGAGACGCGCAGUUUUCGCUGCAACUCGACGACAAAGCCGCCCAUGAUGGAGCAGCAGCAGCAGGCACAGCCACAGCAGCCACAACAGCCGCAGCAGGAGCUCUGCUCGCUGACGGGCUUGGCCAGUCAGGCCUCAAAUCGCAUGCAAUCCAUAAUCGAUCGUCUGCAGCUGCAGAAUGCCAAACUGGAGACACAGCUGCAGAAGGUUUCCACCACUUCGAGUGCCCAAAUCUCCGAGUUUCUGAGCGCCCAUCAGAGUUUUCUGCUGCAAAUCAUUGAGGAUAUGCGACAGCUAUCGCGCGCCUCCACAACAACAUCGCCCAAGGGGCAGGCUGCACCUUUGACCAGCUCAACGUUCCUGAACUCGAGCACGCCACAGAGACAACAGGCGUUCGAUAUGUAUGCGCCCGUGGGCGCCAAUCUGACACAUUCCAUUAAUGGCGCCGAGCUGAAUCGCAGCUAUUUGGAGGCCAACAAAUCGGAUUACUCGCUGAACGAUAUCAGCCUGUGGUUCGAUCAGCGACGUUCCAGCGUGCAGCAUGCUGGCGGAGCAGCUCCCCAAUCGCUGCCACUGGGCGCGCUGCUCGAACAGCAUCCGGUUAGUGGCGAUGGCCGGGACACAGAGAUGGCCAACUUCAAGCUGCUGCUGCACAAGGUCAAGGAAAUCGUCGAAGACUCCUACAGCGACAAUGCCGAACUGUCGGCAGCCACACAGAACCUGGAGAACGUGCUCGACAGCAUCAUCAAGACCGAGGAGCAUCAGCGCCGCAGCAGCACAUAAUUCGAUCUAUUUCUAUAUGUUUUAUAUGUUUGUAAGCGAAACGAAUCCAUCCUGACACAAGAUCUAAAGAUCUUCAUAGCCUGUAAGCCAUUACCAUUUAUGCAAUCACAGAGUCCAAUGCUUUAAUAACAGACCAGAUCUAAUGGAUCGAAAUAUAUCAUUCCAUAAACAAAUUGGCCAUUAAAUGAACCAAA